AUCAUUCUCUAUGGUCAUAUUAAAUGAUCUUCCAAGUUUCUUUACCAUCAGAAGUACAUAAACGUGGUCAAUAACCUUAUCUGAUAGAGAAAGUAUAUUGCACAUUCAGGUUUCAUUCAUAAUAACACCGUUGUGAAUAUGCUAACAAAUUGUACUGUAGUAUCGUUGAAUAUCUAUAGGAGACAAUCACAAUUCAACAAGUCACUCAAAUACGUAAUUGAUCUAGUAUAACGGAAAUUAUCAUAAACGCUAUCUAUCGAGUGUACAGUGUUGAAUUGCAUUAUCACAAGUUUGCCUUUGGACUAACAUCUACCGAUUAAGUUAAUUGACCGAUAAAGCGAAUUCUUUCGCGAAAUCGAAAUGGCCAAAAUGGAUGGGGUCAAAUUCAUUUGGAAAAAUGCCGAUGCAGUUUCGUUCGACGUGGAUUCGACGGUCAUUCAGGACGAGGGUAUCGACGAGCUUGCUAAGUUUUGUGGCAAAGGCGAACAAGUUGCGGAAUUAACAAAAGCGGCGAUGCAAGGAAACAUGACGUUCCAGCAAUCAUUGUCAGUCAGACUGAAUAUCAUUCAGCCAAGUUUGACGCAAGUGAAAGAAUUUUUACGUACUCAUCCACCGACGUUGACACCAGGCAUAAAAAAUUUAGUCGAUACUCUACAUUCGAAUGGAAAACAAGUAUACCUAGUUUCUGGAGGAUUUCGUUGUCUAAUUGCACCAGUAGCCGACCUACUCAAAAUCCCACGAGAAAAUAUUCAUGCCAACAGAUUGAAAUUUUACUUUACAGGAGAGUAUGCUGGGUUCGACGAGAACGAGCCAACCUCAAGAAGCGGCGGAAAAGCCGAAGUUAUUCGUAUUUUAAAACAAGAAAAACAGUUCAAGAAUAUAAUCCAUAUUGGAGACGGAGCUACUGACCUUGAAGCUUGCCCACCAGCAAGCGCGUUUAUUGGCUUUGGGGGUAACAUCGUACGAGAAAGCGUCAAGUCAAGAGCCAAAUGGUUCGUAACGGACUUUAAUGAGCUUGCGAAAGCUUUGAAAGCUUGACUCUUAUAAAUCGUAUUACUACGAAUUAUAUUGCUGUUCAUAGCAAUUAGACUAAAUCAUUUUAUCGUUUAUCGAAGAAAAAGAAAUAUUUAGUUUACAAUGCGUGAUAAAUUAUUUUAUAUAAAUCAGUAUGCUAUGCGUUAUCUUUCGAUGCAAAUAAAUCGUAUAGAAGUAGUUAAAUACCACGCGUCGAUUGCUGUACUAUUGACAAUUUUUGUAGUGUGCAUAUCGAUUUGAAGUUUUCUGUUAGCAAAAAAAAAAAUCAAUUAAUUAGUGUUCAAUGUUUGCGUAGCCUUGAAUAAUUUAUUAAACACAACUUACAUCCAAUUAGCGAUGGGAAUCGUCUUUUAUGGUACACUUGAGAUACGUGCACAUAUAUAUAUAUAAUCUUAUUACACCAAAUUGGAUCACGUGCACACCGUUUCGCAAUAAAUUUUUAAUUAUAUGUUCACAACAUUUGAUAUCCAACUUAAAACGAUCGUAAAUGUACAAGCAUUCGUAUUACAUGCAAUGGGGACUCGUGUGUCGAUGACGUGCAGCUGAUAGAGAAAUAAUUAAUAUUAAACUCAAUUUUUUAUAUGAUUUUACGGCAAUUCUUGGCGAAUAUUUUGAACGCGUAAACGCUCUGAAGAAGUAUAUUAUUUUCCACGUUAUAAUGACACUGUUAGAUGUUCAUUUAACGGUACUUAUACUUGCGGAUCAUUGAUUUUUUUCAUUGGUUAUUAUGCUGGUAUCCUUAGGUUGCAAGGUCAUGACUAUUUUCAUAUAAUUAAUUUAAAGAAUUAUUAAAUUGUAUAUUACACUAUUUUUUUUAUAUGUUUGAUUAAAAGGUGUGCAAUGCA